GACUCGCUCGCUGCCUGCCGGCUCCUCCCGACUUCUCCCGGCUCCUCCCGGCCCUCUCCAGGCUCCCUCGGGCUCCGGCUCCUGCUCGGCGGCGGCGGGCCUUUGCAGUGCUGCAGAAUGGCUGACCUCAGUCUGGCAGAUGCACUCACAGAGCCAUCUCCGGAGGUUGAGGGGGAGAUAAAGCGAGACUUUAUUGCCACGCUGGAGGCAGAGCCCUAUGAAGAUGUUGUGGGAGAAACUGUUGCAAAAACAGACUAUAUUCCUCUCCUGGAUGUUGAUGAGAAAACAGGGAACUCAGAGUCGAAGAAGAAGGCCUGCUCAGAUACUAACCAGGUUGAAGGUUCUCCAUCUUCUAAAGCAACAGUACUGGCCAACGGUGAUCAUGGACUAGGAGCGAAUGUCACCACAGGAUUUGCAACUCAAUUUUUUGAAGAGAAAAUGGCCUACCAGGAAUACCAGAAUAACCAAACCUGGCCAGAGGAUACAAACUUUGGUUUCCAGCCUGAGCAGCUGUUGAAUCCUGCCCAGAACGAUUCCUUUCAGAUGCACCAUGAUGAAGGCCUGCAAGACUUGCUCUUUCUCUCCAGUGGGGCAGCCAGUGCUUCAGCAUUUACUGGGCAGAACGAUCCCCUCAAAGAUAGCUAUGGUCUGUCUCCAUGUGAUGUCUUGGCUGCUGAAGCAGUUGUGCCUCAAGGGUGGUCUGAGGAGGCUGCCAACUCUCCACACUCAGCAUCAUUUGUUUCCUCAGAAGCCACUACACAAACACAGCAGCCAACAACAGAGCUGGCUGAGCGGAUACAUGUAAUAUCAGCAGAGGAAUCAUCGGAAAUAGCGAUUGGACCGAAGACUGCUGACAAGGCACCAGUCACAGAAACAGAAAUGGCGUUGAUGAAAGAUAUGGAACCACCCACAAAACCAGAAAUGGCCUUGGCUGAGGAGAUUGCACCAACCACAGAAUCACAGAAGACACUGGGUGAAGAUACAGAAUCACCCACUAAAUUUGAAGUACUGGCCAAAGACAUGGCACCAACCAUAGAAUCAGAAAUAGCAUUGGCUAAAGAUACAGAACUACUUACUAAAUCGGAUAUGGCACCAUCCAAGGACUUGACACCAACCUCAGAAUUAGAAAUGUCAUUAAAUGAAGAUAUAGAACUACCUGUCCAAUCAGAAGUGACACUGGCACAACCAUCCAAUGAAUCUGAUAUGGUCUUCUCCAAGGACACGGUACUCCCUGUAGAAACAGAGGUGGCUUCUGAUAAAGACAUUGUGUUAACCAAUGAAACAGCGCUCACCCCAGCCAAGGAUGUGACAUUGUUCAAGGAAACACAGAGGGCACCAUCCGUAAAAAUGGACUUGACCCCAGCUGAGGGCAUGACUCCACUCAAAGAAAGAGAGCUACUCCCAGAAAUAGAAGUGGCAGUGGAUAAAGAAAUGGUAUCAUCUCCAGAAAUACCCUCAAAUAAGGAAAUCACGCUGUCUGGGGACUUGACACCACCCCCAGAAACCCAGGUAUUCUUGAUGAAAGAUGCUGAGCUUCCCCUGGAAAAAGAAGAAACCUCAGUCAAGGACAUGACUCCAACCCCCGAAGAAACAAAAGCUGUCACAGGCAAGGAUGUGACUGUGCCUCCAGAAGCAGAAAUGACCCUUGUCACCAGUCUGAGUCCAUCCCUGGGGAAAGAGGAAACCCCAAUCAAAGAAGCGCCUCCGACUCCGGAAGCAGAGGUGGCCAUGGCAAAAGGCCUUCCUUUACCCCCAGAAGCAGAAGUAGUGCUGGCUAAGGAUGUGUCUCUUUCCUCUGGACCAGAAGUGACUCUGGCCAACAGUGUGACUCCAACCAGGGAUGCUGCAGUGCUCUCAGAAAUAGAGGUGGCACCAGUUCCCGUUGAAGAUGUGGAGAUCACAAAGAAAGGGGAAGGAAUGAGUGAGGAUUCCCCAAUAAAAUCCCUCCUGAAUGUGGGACCAUCAGCUGCACCUCCUUCCAUGACAUCAUCAGAACCAGUCACCACUGAGGGCCAAAAGUGCAGCUUGCCAACAGAUGGGGACUCUGUGGAGAAAUUGGAGCAAAAGAAACCAUUCAGCAGUCAACCUCCUGAACUUUCUCUGGAGACCUCAGCCAACUUCAUGUAUUGCGGUACCCCUCCCACACAAGCCAAACAAGUGUGCAGACCCAGUGGCCGCAGGUGCAUCCGGCCCAAGCCUGCCAAGCUCCUGCAAGAGCUACCAGCAGGCUCCCAUCCCUGGAAGACUCUUGAUCCUAGGCCGGGCCCCUUCCCUGUGUCUGAGUUGGGUUGGGUCUCCGGCUCAUCUUCCAGUGGUGAGCCUGGGAACCAAAGGAGAAGUGUUCAUGGUGACAUCCUUGAAUCCCAGAGGGAUCCUGGCAGGGAGGCCUGGGAUAUUGAAAACACUGCAGUGAUGGUAAAGAAGAAGAAGAAGAAACCAAAGCAGAAGAGAUAUGGUCAGCCCCGGAUUGGGGGGGUUUGGGAUGAUGAUGGUGCUGAUGACCCUCAGGGUCAUUGCAUUGCAGCCGACCCACGAGAGGCUGCUCUUCUCCCUUGCCAGUCUGUCACACUGGGCCCAAGGAUAGCUGACCCCAGAGCAAUCAAACUGGCACCUGAGGACUCUGUUUCUGAGAGUCUCCAUGUGCCAUCAUGUCCCUCAGAAGAACCUCUUAAAACUUCAGUCAGUUCUCCACCGAAGUUUGGGCUGAAGCAUACGGGCAGAGAUGACAAGUCUGUUCCGCAAAGCCAAGAUACUAGAUCGUUGCCGGCGCCCAACUUGAAGGCUUCUGUGGCUCAAAGCCCUCCCCAUCUAGAGGAAUCCCCGACAGAAAUUUCUGCUCCCAAAAGAGAGACGCUUGUAGAGGCCAGAUCCAAAGAAGGUGGCUCUCCUAUCUCGAACCAAAAAAUUAUUGCUGAAGUUUCAAAAUCCCCAGCAGCAAAAGAACUAUCUGAUUGGAUUCCCACUUUGACAGCAAGUAAUCAAUUAGAAAGUAGUCUUAAGCAGGGAAAUAAUGACAGUAAAAUGACUACCCUACAGAAUUUCAGACAAAAAGAAACAGAGGAAAUUAAAGGACAAAAACAGAAAGCAUUUCCCAAGCAAAUAGAAGAGAUCAGCAUCUUUACACCUCAGAAGCUAGAAGACCAGGUGUUAGUUGAGGGCCCUGGGUUAGGGAAUGAAUCAUUUAAGACAAUUGUGGGUGAUGGCAAAAGCAGGAAAGGCAGGAUAGGUUCAGGAAAAGUGAAGCCAAAUUCCAGCAAGAUAAAAGAGAAACCUGGCCGGCCACUGUUUCUGGACAGCCAAAAGGAUGGAAAGACCGCCAUGGUGCCAAAUGAUCCAGGUCCUGCAACUCAUAAAGGGACCCCUGGGAGUCCGAGUGAGGCCCAGAUCCCAGACCCUUUAAAACCAACAGAGAGCAGGUUAGAUCUUACUGAAACAGUGGUUAUGAGGGAGUCUAAGGAGACCACUGACCCUAAAGGGGCAGACACAUUGAAGCCAUUAACUUCUUUGGAUUAUGAUUCCAGUGUGACUCUGGCUUCUUGUGUUAGGACAAAAGAAGCAGCGCUAGUCGAAGGUAAGGGUGUCAGUAACCAGAGCAAGAAAGAGGAGUGUCCUUGCAUGGAUCAUGACACAUUGACUUGCAUUUCUGAAAAGCCUAAGAAGAGAGGCCGUGAAGGCAAAACCAAAAAGUUUAAAAAUAAUUAUUCAGUACAGUCAGCUAAAAUGGAGAGCAGGGAAGAAAUCCUCAACCCACCUUUGGUGGAGAAAAAUAGAGGAGAUACCACUGAUGGUGUUCCCCAUAAAAAUAAGGACUUAGACCACAUUUCCCCAAAAAUGCAUAAUGCUUUGUUCUCACAUGCACCAGUGGUUGACAGCAUCGAUAGAAAUGUUGAGGUUGGUUCUGUUGAGGUUAGCAUUCUUGAGGGAGGCAAAGUAACAACAGUUAAGAAUUCUGCUGUUACAGAACCAGCUGCCAAGAAGACAAAUGUGAGCUGCCCAGAGCAAAUACAAGGGGCAGAAUUUAUUCCUUUAGCACUGUCUGAGGAGAGCAAAACAGACACAACCAAGGAACAUACUGCAGUGGUGGAUAAACCAAGUAAAAGGAGCAGUGAUGGAAAAAGUAAAAAGAUUAAAAAUGGUUUUCCCCAGAAGCAUAUUCUAGAGAGUAAGAUAGAUACAACAAAAAUACUUGUUCCCAUGGAAACCACAGGGGACCACAGAGUUGAAGGAAUGGGCUAUGUAGAUGAAAAUAGAAAUAUUACAUUUACCUGUCCUCAGACAGCAGUCGGGGUAGUGAAUCAGUCAGUUCCUCUAGGGGCUCUGGAAUCAGCAGCCUGUGAAAAACUGCUCAUCGCUACUGCUCAGGGUGUAAGGGAAGGUAGCUCCCACCCAGACACCUUGGCAAAAGAUGGGCAAGAGAAAGCCCCAGACGAGAGUUCCAAAUUAUUAGUAGUCAGUGGAUGCAACAAUGAUGGAGUCCCAGAUCCAGAAAAGCCCACACCUGUCUCUGCGGUUUUCCCCUCACCAAGUGCAAAAGGAAUUGCCUUGACUUUUUCUGCAGUUAUGGAAACAGGGUACAGUUGUGGAGACCACUAUCUUAAGAAUAGAGGUGAGCUUGCUGGCCCCAUCAAAAAUGAAGCAGGGAUAGGUGAAGGGCAUGUGGGAGGGGAAUCUGAGUCAGUGCACAGUGUGGUAUCUCAGCAAUUAGUGGACAAAGUCACAAAGCAAGACAAGGAACACCUUAUUCCUGAAGUGCUCAGAGAAGACCAGAGCCUGCCAGGAACGGCCAGAGUCCCAGAGGCACAUCCCACCAGGGACAGUUGCUCCACAUUUCCAGGAAACAAUAAGACCGAAGCAGAUCCCACUGCAGUUCAAAAACCUGAGUUAAUGGGAAAUAAGGGACAAAAGCUCAGUUUUUGUGAGGACCAAAAUGCUAAGGAUAGAAAUUGUAAGGACGCAGAUAGUUUGAAUAAGGAAGUGGAUGUUACUCUUCCACCUUCCAAAAGUGAAAGGGACAAAUUGAAAGAAAGCACAGAAUUGGAGCAUGUUUCCUUGCCAACCUCAGAGCUACCAUCAGAUACUUGCUCUGGUGAAGUUGAAGCUCCACCAGAAGUGGUAGAAACAUUAGGAAUGACUGUUUCCAAGGAUGGUCAGUGCUCAGAACUCAAAGAUAAGAGUGUGGAAUCACCUCAGGACAUGACUGCAAAAGUUGAACCAAAGACACUGAGUGAAAAGAAGAAGGAAGGUAAAAGAAUGACAGAACCCAUGAAAGGUUACAUGAGACCUACCAAGUCCCGAGGACUUACUCCACCUUUGCCAAAAUCUACAAUUCAGGAACAAGAGAAGUCCAAGCAACGAAAGUCCAGUGUUUGCUUAAGGCCGUCAACUGCCUUCCAGCAGCUGGGAAUGUCAGUUUACAGAGUAGUCCGCCCAGAUGAAGGACAGCCUGCUGUGAGUGUGACCGGAAAUGACAUCACCACCCCACCAAACAAGGAGCUCCCACCAAGCCCAGAGAAGAAAACAAAGGUUUUGGCCACUACUCAACCUGCAAAGACUUCAACAACAUCGAAAGCCAAAACACAGCCCACUUCUCUCCCUAAGCAGCCAGCUCCCACCACCACUGGUGGGACGAAUAAAAAACCCAUGAGCCUUGCUUCAGGCUUAGUAGCAGCUGCCCCACCCAAACGCCCUGCUGCCUCCACUGCCAGGCCUUCCACCUUACCUGCAAGAGACGCAAAGCCAAAGUCCACUGCAGAGGUAAAGACUGCUGAGAAGCGGACUUCCCCAGCCAAGCCAGCCUCUGCCCCAGCCCUCAGACCUGGAUCCAGGAGCACCCAGACUGCUCCAAAAACCACAACAUCAGCCACUCCUGCUUCACCUGGGCAAAGUAGUAGGAGCCCCCCAGCACCUGUGCCCAAGAAGCCCACUACCAUCAAGCCUGAGGGUAAACCUACAGACGUCAGGAAGGUGACUGCCAGGUCUGCGCCAGUCGACCUGAGUCGGUCCAAGAGCACCUCAGUCAGUUCUGUGAAGAAAAGCAAUACUGUCCCUGGAGCGGUUCCCUCAGCAGUGGCUCCCACGCGAGUCAAAACCACACCCCCGGUACCCCGGUCCUCCACGACUUCCUCAGCUGACAAGAAGCCCAGCUCCACCAAGCCCAGUGCCUCUGCUCCAAGGCUGAGCCGCCUGACAACUACUACUUCUGCCCCUGACCUGAAGAAUGUUCGUUCAAAAGUCGGUUCCACAGAAAACAUCAAGCACCAGCCUGGAGGUGGCCGGGCCAAGGUAGAGAAAAAAACAGAGCCAGCUGCUCCGGCUCGAAAGCCUGAACCCAAUGCAGUCCCUAAAGCAGCCGGCCCAGUUGCGAGUGCACAGAAAUCACCUGCUGGGAAAGUCCAGAUAGUCUCCAAAAAAGUGAGCUACAGCCAUAUUCAGUCCAAGUGUGGUUCCAAGGACAAUAUUAAGCAUGUCCCUGGAGGUGGUAAUGUUCAGAUUCAGAACAAGAAAGUCGACAUCUCAAAGGUCUCUUCCAAGUGUGGGUCCAAGGCUAACAUCAAGCACAAGCCUGGCGGAGGCGAUGUCAAGAUUGAAAGUCAGAAGCUGAACUUCAAGGAGAAGGCCCAGGCAAAGGUGGGAUCCCUCGAUAAUGUGGGCCACCUUCCUGCAGGAGGCGCUGUGAAGACUGAGGGCGGUGGCAGCGAGGCCCCUCCGUGUCCCGGCCCCCCCGCUGGGGAGGAGCUGGCCUGCUCUGAGGCGGCGCCUGGAGCUGGCACCCCCACUUCAGCCAGCGGCCUCAGUGGCCACACCACCCUGUCAGGGGGUGGUGACCAAAGGGAGGCCCAGACCUUGGACAGCCAGAUCCAGGAGACAAGCAUCUAAUGAUGACAUUCUGGUCUCGUCUUCCAUCUCCCCUGUGUUCCCCUCUUGUCUCCCGCGUCCCCCUCUCCUUCCCCUCCUCCCGUGUCACUACAGAUUGAGACCUACAGGCUGACGUUCCGGGCCAAUGCCAGGGCCCGCACCGACCAUGGGGCCGACAUUGUCUCCCGCCCUCCCCACUUCCUUGG